UCUAUAGCCUGCAAAACUUCAGCGUUUUUACCUUUUGGUAUUGGAAGACACAAGUGGAAUCAAUCCGGAUCAACUUGGACAAGCCCAGUUUCAUGAGACUGAUGUGUUUGAACAUCCCACUGUUUACGAGGAGGCUGUGCCACUCUUGAAAUUCACACUGUCCAUGCAAAGGUUGAUGUAUGCCUGUGGGGUGCAAGAUUUCAAGCUAAGGGACCUGGUUGAACCAAAACCUAAGAGAACAGUCAGAUUGGUCAGUGCUUUGAUCAACUUCAGCAGGUUUCAAAACCAAAGAAUGGAAGAAGUUGAAAGACUUAAGAAUGAAAAUGCAGCAGUGAAAGAACAGCAUGAGCAGUUAUUAAGAGUUAAUGAUGAGUUAAAGACAAAGAUUAACCAUAUUAGAGCAUCCAGGGCAGAACAAGAACCAGAAUUGAAAAAGCUUCAAGGAGAAUUUGAAGAAAUGAGUAUGAAAAUUGAGAAGCACCACAAAGAUCAACUUGCUCUGCAGAAGACACUAAAAGAGAUGAAAGAGGGCAUUGCAGAGAAAAAGGCUUCCAUUGAUCAUCUUAAAGUCCAAAUGCUAAGUGCCAAAGAAGAGGGUGAUCGGCUAUCAAGGCAGAUCGUCCAGUCCCCUGAGCGAAUGAAGACAGAAGGGGAACGCAUGAGAAACCAACUGAUGCAGCUGAAGAUGACGAAAGAAGAGCGACAGCAGAGGGGUCUGGAACUUAGGCAACAGGUGGAGCGUCUGGAACAGAUCGACAGCCACUGUGAACAGGGGUUCAAACUCAUCACUGGAAUAGAUGCAGAACUGGAGAGGGAAAGGGAGGUGUUGGCAGAAGUGACCAAUAUCAGGGACAGGGUCCAGAGCCAGAAAGACGUCCUGAGAGACUUGACUGCCAAAGAGCAGCAGCUGCGGCGCAUGCUGUCCACCAAACAGGAGAAGAUGGCCAAGUUAAAUAUCCAACUUCAGAACAAGGCGUCUGCUGGCAUGGAGACUCUGGAGCAGUACAAACAGGAAAGGGCACAUUAUGCAGCCUUGCAAAGUGAAGAUGAAUCACAGAAAAAGGCUAUAGAACAACAAAAGCAAGCACUAAUGGAAGAAGCAGAAAACAACAGGAAACAACAUGAGAAGCUUAUGACUGAGAUGGCUCAUGAAAAGUCGCAGUUGCUGGAACAGUUGGAUUCCUACCAUACCACACUAGGUAUCAAAUGGCAAGAAGUGGCACAGAAGAUCCAGGCUAAUUCAUAGAGGAUGAUUUGAGUGCCAAGUUUUGCCAAAAUUCAAGAGGGACUCUUUAUCUACCUUGAUCUUAAGCGUAGACAUCUGGGUACUGGGUGUGCAAACCACCACAUACGAACACUGCCAUCCCCAUGAGACAUAGCUUCUGUCAUGAUUAAAAUCGCAAAUAAUAAGACACUUUAUAUUCAAACCGCUAGAUACUUAAAGCAGUACUAUUACUUCGUUUGGGAAAUGUUUAUGGCAGUUCGAGAUUACUGAUUGUUAUUGUAAUCACCAUCUCUAUUUUUGAUCAAAACUUGGUGUAGAAUUGUCACCCGCUGUAUUCCUAGUCAGGAAUUUUUGUCAUCUGAACACCCUUUUAGAUUUGCUGUAUAUUCUGUAAAAAAGUAAAUGCCAAAACAGAUUUUCAUGAAAGGCUAUUGUAAAUAUAUCAUUUUA